GUUUGUUCUUUCGGAUCGCUACGUCGGCGUCUGAAUACAACCGAAAUCGCUUCCUUUCCUUUCCUUUCCUUUCCUUUCUGUGCAGCGCAAAGAGAGAGAUCAAAAAGACUCCGCCUUGGUCGAGGAAGGCUCGAUCCCAUCGACCUCCAUCCUCGGUGGAAGAAGCCCUGAAACGAAGAAGUCUUCUCCCGCCUCUCUUCUCUCUCCGAUCUCGCGCCUCUCUUCCGCAUCUCUCGGCUCGCGGAGCGACGAGGUAGCACGGCAACAUGGGCGGUCAUGGUGGUUUGAACAUCCUUCCCCAGAAACGUUGGAAUGUGUACAAUUAUGAAAACAGAGAGAAGGUCCGGCAAGAUGAAGAGGCUGCUGCGAAAGAGGAGCAGCUUAAGCAAGAGCAAGUGAGGAAGCGUGAUGCUGAGUUUCGUCUCGAGCGGCUUCGUGCUGCCCGUGGCUUGGCUUCUGCCAGUCAACCUCCUGCUAGUCAGCCUGCGGAGGCUCCUGCUAUUCAGCCUGUGGAGGCAGCUGAGACUGAGAAGAAGUCUGGCCAUAUCAAUCUCUUUGAGGGAAUUAAGAUUUUCGACCCGGUAGAUGCACCAAAAACUGGGGCAGGAGAUGAAAGGGAUGGAUUCAAGAGGAAGAAGAUGAAGAAAGAGGAGGCGCCGAAGGUGGUAACCGCAGAGGAUGAGAAAUAUAGGUUGGGAUAUGGGCUUGCUGGAAAAGGAGUUAAAUUGCCAUGGUAUCUUGAGAAGCGGGGUGAUCAAGAUGACGGAGAGAAAUUUGGGGAUGAAGAGUCGCCAAGGGAUGCAAAGGAGCAGAGAAAGAAAAGUGGGAAGAAGACGUUGGAGGAGUUGAGGGAGGAACGGUUAAAGAGAGAGAAGCAGGAGAAAGAAAGGGUAAGGAAAUUGAUACUAGAGAAGAACCGAAAGGAUGGAGCUCUGUCGAAAGCCAAGGGUUUUCGGAGGAGGUGACGCUGCAAAUUUUGGUCAGUUCAGACUUUUGUUCGUACUUAUAUGUUGUGGAGACCUUGCUUUAUGGCUGAUUGGGAGAGCCUGGACUGCUAUUGGUUUGGCAAGAUUUGGAUUCCAAGUCCUGUUUUGAGAGGUUCCCGCUCCCCUUGUGCAGUUCGCCAAUCUACAUAUGCCUUGCGACAUAGCUCCUGUAGACACGUGAAUGCUUCACUUCGAAUCCUCUUCAAGAAAGAAUGGGCUGUGGUUCGCCUUUGCUUUUCAAUCCUGGAGAUGAUCAUUGGAUAAUCUGCUGUCACUGUCAGCAUCAAAGCUUGUGAAUGUCUAUUCCUUUCAGUUUGGCUUUCUUGUUCAUUAUGGCAUUAUGUUGGAAUGAUAUCACUUUGAUCCUUAUGCAAGUUAUUCGGUUUUUGUCA